AUGUUCAUACCAAAUACUCUCAGAAACACAAAAAUCAAUCUUCAAACCUUAAAUAACUUGGAUUUUGAAUUGAUGCAAAGGAAUAGUGAUUUGGAGACCUUACAAUCUUUCAUAAUUCCAUUACAAUAGUAAUUUCAUUGACAUAUUUAGAGGUUUUACAACUGAACGUGAGUUUAAGGAUUCUGUUAAUACAAUCAAAUAUUUGAAGUUAGUUUAUCUGAUGUAAAUGAUGUUACUAUAUUUUGAAUACACAAAAUAAUAUUAAGAAACAACAAUUGAUUAAAUAUUCAAAGAAGAAUUCAGAUUAGAGAAUGAAAUCAGUGAAAAUGAGCAUAUUCUAAUCAAAUCCAAAAAAAAUAUCACUAAAUUAAAACUAUAACUAUCAUCUGCCAAAAAAGAAUUGAAAAAAAUCAAAUUAGAAGCUUCCAAAAAAGAAACUGUAUAUGCCUGUUUAUACUGUACUGGAAAAGCAUUCAUUUCCAUUCCUCUACUUGAGGCACAUUAUUAAAGACAUCAUAUUGAUAAAUUUGAAAAACCAAAAUAAAAUUUCUAAGAAACUCUACUUACAGUUUAAACCUUGUUAUUGCAAUAAUAAAUUAAUUCCAUGAUCAAUAAUCAGAAUUAAUAAGACUUUAUGUUAUAAACCAUGUAAUAAGCUUAGUUUAUGUAACAAUAAGCAGAUGAUUCUGAUUCUUCCUUAGAUGAAGAUCUUGAAGAUGAAAAAAUGGAUGAUUAUUAAAUGAGGCAAAUUAAAUAUGAAUUUGAAUAGAAAAAUCUUGUUCUACAAUAAUAGAUGGAAGCUCUGCAAAAUUAUAUAGCAGUUCAUAGACCAUAAGAAAUUCUAGAUAAAAUUGAAUAAAUAGAAUACAGAAUUGAUAAUCUUAAGAUUCCUGAACCUGUUAAGGUAGAGGAAAGAUUACCGACUCCUCCACCUGAAAAUUUUAGUUAUAAUGCAGGACCUCUUGAAGAUGAAAUCAGUGAAAUUGCUGAUGAUAUUUAUGAUGCUAAGGAUGUGCAAUAAGAAAUUAAAGAGGAUGUUACUAAUGAUUCUAAAAGUGAUGAUGAUUAAAAAGAACCUUCUGUUAUUAUAGAUAACCAAUAGGAAGCAGCUUUUCUAUAGGAAGAAAAAGAAUUUCAUCAUUUGGUUAAAUCAGUUAGGUAAAAGAAAUCUUAAAUUACAAAAGAAUUGAUGGAUCAUUUCAGAAAUAUUCAAUUGGAUAAUGAAUUAGAGAGAAAACUCAAAGAAGUAUUGAAUGUAAAUAUGAAUGAAAUACAAUUUAAAAGUGAAGUAAAUUUUAUUGAAUUAACUAAUCUAGAAAGAAUUAGAAGAAUAUUUAACUUAAUUAAAUGGAACUAUAUUGUUAUCAGAUAAGAAAUAAUCAGACAUGAGAAUAGCUGAUCCUGAAUUGGAUGAAAUAAAAAAACAUGAUGGACCAAAUGUUAUUUAGAUGGAUUCUGAUGGAGGAGAAGAUACAUCAAAAAUAUAAUAGUAGAAGGAUUUUAAAGGAAGAUUGGUAAAAAAAUAAGGAAAAACAAUUAUUGAAUAAUCCAGAAAUGUUCGCUUUUAAUAGCCUGAAACCCCUCCAUCAAGUUAAUCAAAUAAUUCAGAAGAAGAAUAUGAUAUUAAUUAAAAAGUUAAAGAAAAUGUAAAGGAUUUAAAAUCACAGAUGACAAAAUCAUAAAAAUAAGAACCAUAAUAAUUAUAGAAAAUAUAAUCAGAAAAUAGAAUAGGAAAUUUUUAAGAAAAGGAUUAAAUUUCUUAAAUAUUGCCACUUGAAAAAAAAACAUCUUAAUAAUCUUAAAAGUAAUAAUAAUAAUAAUAAUAAUAAUAAUAAUAAUAAUAAUAAUAAUAAUAAUAAUAAUAAUAACUUUCAAGUAAAAGAAAAAGUAGUUUUGAAGAUUCUGAAGACUUCUAAACAGAAAACAUACAAACUAUUUUCUAAACAAAAAAACCAGCUUCAUAAAUAUCUCAAUUUGGUAAGCCUUAAGAAUCUGAGAUACCAGUUCAUUAAAAUGUUAUUAGAUCUUAAAAAUAAAAAAGUUCUAUUAUAACAAAAUAGUUAUAUAAUGACAGUGAAGAUGAAUUUUGA